GGAGAUGCAACGUGCCUCACUGAGGAGAGAAUACCUUGUACGUGAAACUAUUUUAAAUGACUGAACUGCUGAACCUGUGUGUAAAAGUUGAACUCAACAGUCUGGGAGCUCAUACAAGAACAAAGUUUUAAGUGUUUUUUGUGAUUUCAGUGACGAUGAGGCACGUAAUCAUACAGACAUAUUCUGCCAUUUUAGUGUUUUUAUUUUUAUUUUUCUCAGAGCUUACAGUUGGAUUAAAUUAACUGUGGAAUCGGUUUUUCUUCUUCAGUAGACUGAAGCUUAUUUUUCUUUAGAUGAUUAGAUUUGGGGUUUUACUUUGACUCGUCCUUCUUUUCAGCUUAUUUCUGUUGUAAUUAACCUUUUCUAUCACACUGUACACUUUAAUAUGCUUUUUUUGGACAGGGGUUAUAUUUUAGACUAUCAUCAAGUUGAACAUAACUGUGAAGUGGAAGAUAAUACAAAUGAAAACCUGAAAAGUGUGACACAUAUUUGUAUUCAGACCCUUUCCUACUCUCAUAGAUCUAAAUAAACCCCCUUAUGAAAACCAAAUUAGUAAACAAAAGACAUGCCUGCAAUUUAAUUCCAGUGGAAUCUGUUCCAGAUUCCAGCUGUUGAUGCCUCAGAUUUGUUAGAUAACAUUAGUGAACAAACAUCAUCUUAAAGAAUAAGGAACAGCAGAAACGUUAAGGGAUCCAGGCUAGGUUUUAAAUGUUUAGAAACGUUUAAUGCAAGGCGAGGUCAGCUAAGCUUUGAACAUCUCAGGGAUUGUUGUUCACUCUAUAAUCUGAACAGACCAAUCGCUGCUGUGGGAGGUGCAACGGUUCUUAAAAACACGACUCGCUAGAUAAAUACAAAGCAUUUCCGCCUGACUCCGGAUCACCGUCUACAACGGAUCACACUGAGCUUGACACUUGAAAAGGGCUGCCCCAAAAUGAAGAACCUGCUUCAGUUCUUCGUCUGUCUCAUCAUUGUCCUCGAAGCAAACGGGGCUGAUGAUAAGGUGAUUUAUGUUCGUGUUGGAGACAAGGUUGAACUAUAUUCUUCACAACUCCCCACAAGUUAUUACGUGCGCUGGUUCUUUGAAAGAGAGGAUGGGCCUGAGCUUGCCGACACUUCCUAUUUAGGUAGAAAACAAGUUAAUCAGGAUUCUGGUGAAAUCUGGACCAGCAGGUUGUCCAUCUCUACCAAUAGUCUGACCAUCAAUAACAUGCGAGAGGAAAACUUUGGAACCAUCGUCUGCAUGGUGAAAGAUGGUACUACUGAAUAUAAAAAAUUAAAAUUUCACCUAAUCAAAGUCAUAGUGAGUAUGAAGGAACAACUACCAGUGAUCCCUGGACAUUCUCUGUCUCUGAACUGUAAAGCUGAGACUCAGAGAAAACGCUCAGUUUAUUGGUUAAAACCAACGGGAAACAAAGCGACUCCUUUCCAAGGAUCAGUCACAAAGACAGCUGAAAGCCAAGACAAUGGAGAGUGGGAGUGUGUUGUGAAAGAUAAUGGAGAAGAGAGCAGAUUCAAAUUUCCUGUUUCUGUUGUUGACUUCUCUUCUGCAUCCAAAUAUGUUUACACAUCUACAAACCUCCCUCUUAGCAUUCCCUUUCGAAUUACUCCCAAAGAGUUUGUGCAAAAAAUACCAUCUGAGAUUGAGACAGUUGAGUGGCUUUUCACCCCAAUAACAUCUUCCAGUCAACAGACUAUCUUCUCCUUCUCACCAAAGAAUGGACAGCUGAAACAGAAGGAUCCAGCCAGAGAACUGAGCUAUAAAAACUUCACAGCUGAUGGAAGUUUUUCACUGCACAAAAAUCUGGCGAAGGUAGAAGACAGAGGGACCUACAAUUGCUCCAUAACAUUUAAAAAUGGCUACAUGCUCAGCAGGACUCUGGUCAUAGAGGUGCUGGAAAUCACCCCCUCCCCAGGAACGGAGUUAAUUUCAGGCCACCACCUGAACCUGUCCUGUUCCACCGGCGGUCCUCUGGAAACUGGCGUCACAGUGAAAUGGGUCCCCCCUGAGACGUCGUCCCUGGUGAAAGCCGAUCUUUUGUCCGGUCACCUCAUCAUCCCGAGAGUGGGAACAGAGGACUCUGGAAAGUGGAGGUGUGAUCUGAGGCGGAACACGACGACGCUGACGUCAGCUGUGAUAACUCUGAAGAUCGAUCCCAUUCUCACUGUGUGGAUGAUAGUGACCAUAUGCGCCGCUGGAGUCAUCCUAAUCCUCCUCCUCGUUCUAGCUUUCAUCCUCUUCAGGCGCAGACAGCACAAGAUGAGACAGCUCAGGCACCGACUCUGCAAGUGCAAAAACCCAAAGCCAAAAGGUUUCUACAAGGCCUGACAGUCGGGACGUUCACAGCAGGACAUCAGGGCGUCAUGCAAACAAUUCUGUCCCAAACGGACCCUCGUCGUUUAUGAACUGUGCUAACUGUUUUUCAUGUGCUGAAGGAGAGACAGAAGAAACGGAAUCUUGCAGACGUUGGUAAAAUGAAAAGAGAGAGAAAACAAAUGUAAAAAUUGUACAUAUUGGAUUGUUUUUUACUGACAAUGGUCAUUUCAACUAGAUCAGAUAUUUGCUGUUUUUAACUUUGCAUCUCUUAAUUAAAAUGAAUCAGCUUGGAAACAGUUUUAACUACUUUUCUAACAAAUUAUUUUAAGUAUUUUUUUUUUUAAUGUGACAAAUAAUUGACAUAUAUCAACCAGAGAUCAAUGCUUGCUACUUUGGCUUCACCAGUGAUCAUAAUUUUCCAUAUUUUGCUAAAGUAAACUUCUUUCAACAGGGAUAAGAACCACAAUCAGUGGAAAUACAAUAUAAUUAAACAUUUUCAGAAAAUAAAAUACUAAACAAUUAGAUUAUACAAAUUAUUUGAACACACUGAACAAUAUUUAUUGUCAUGGUUUGUAGAAAUAAUUAAAAACUUUGAGAUUCAAACUGAGAUGUUUGUAUAUUUGAUAUAAAAUGAAAGGAGGUUGGCUGAAAUGCCAGCCGUUGUUACCAGUCGUUCAAAAGAGUUGAGACAAUCUUUUAAAUUUAAAAUCAGAAUAUAUCCGUCUAAAAAAAUAUUCAAAUUCUAUUUGUACAAAAAUGGCAUUAAGUCUAUAAAAGGACGGUGUCUUGAUUGGCCAUAUGCCUCAAUUUUAAGUGUUCAGAGCACAAAAAGGCAGCGGUUUAUAGUUACAUUUUAAAGAAACUACAGUGGUACAGGGUUAUUUCAGCAGCUUUAAAAAGUAACUUUAACGAUUCAUGGAGGAUUUAGUCUUUUCUGCCAGUCAGACAAAACGGAUUUUAAUCCUCUUCUCCUCUGCACAGAAGCGUUUAAUGUUUCCCUGAAGGUCUUUUAUAUAUUAAACCAUAUAGAUUAGUGAUUCUUUGGAGUUUAUAUUUGCUUUUCUGUAAUGACUGACAGUUCACAGCCUUUCCCACACUGUUAAUUGCUUCCCGAUCGUACCCCCUGACAGCAAUGUAAUGUUAUUGUAAUGUUGUCGACAUGCUGUCUUUAUAUUGUUUCCAAUUUUAAUUUAAAUCCAGCAAUAAGUUUUGUUCUGUUUGUUUUUUAGAAAUCAUCAUUUUGUUUUACUCUCUCUUUAACAGGGUCAGAAUCUUUUGUAGUCAGAAAAUUGUACUUAAGAUGUAACAUAUUUGUAAUAUUGUGAAUUCAUCAUUGAGGAAACACUGUUUUUGUAAUUUUAAGUGUCUUGUCAUGUAAUGUGUAUUUUCAAUUAUAUUUUAUUAUCUGUUCAUGAUAUAGUUAUUCAUUUAUAAAAAAACCCCAUAUAUACUCAACAUUUUUUUUUUGUACACAUGAUGAUACUUUAUUUCCCAAAAGUAGAAACAAGAUGAUUUUUACAGAAAGAUAAAGUUGAUUUAAAGGUGAAGCUGUAACAUAAUGACUGUAUUGUGAGGUUUUUCAAUAAAGAAACGGUAUGCAGCA